AUGAAGUUUAAUUCCUUUAUAACCAGCCUGUUGUGUGCUGGUGCACAACCAUCUUUGGGCGCUGUUCUUCGUCCACGACAGGCCCCUGGCCAAGCUGAGGGAGUCACUACUAUUAAGAGUCCCUCGGGUGCCCAGAUUCGAUACAAAGAGCCCGGAAAGGAUGGAAUCUGCGAGACAACCCCUGGAGUCAACUCUUAUAGCGGUUAUAUCGACAUUGCCCCUGAUGUCCAUGUCUUCUUUUGGUUCUUCGAAUCUCGCAGAGACCCUGCGAACGAUCCUGUAACCCUAUGGCUCAACGGAGGGCCAGGUUCGGAUUCCUUGAUUGGUCUAUUCGAAGAGAUUGGACCCUGCGAGGUGGUGGAGAACAUGACCACCGUCCUCAGGGACCACUCCUGGACGGACAUUUCCAAUGUUCUUUUCCUCUCACAGCCCGUGGGAACAGGGUUCUCCUAUAGCAAGGCUGAAGUCGGUUAUCUUGAUCCCACGUACCUCUCCGUUGACAAAGAGCCUGGAAGCCGUGAAGAGAAGGAGGGUCGCUGGUCUGUCAUUGAACCUACCAAAGAGGACAAUAGCCGCCUGGCCGCAGUCACUUGCUGGGAGGUCCUGCAAGGCUUCUACAGCGCACUGCCGCAGCUCAGUAAAUCCAAGAUUUCAUCAACAGAAUUUCACCUCUGGGCUGAAUCAUUCGGCGGCCAUUGGGGUCCUGCAUUCUUCACAUACUUCAAUGAGCAGAAUGAGAAGCUCGACAAGGAUACUACAAAGGGCCGCAAGCUCGAGAUGAAGAGUCUUGGUAUCGUCAACGGUAUCGUCGAGCCCGUCGUGCAGACUCGCCACCUCCUCGAGUUCACUCGUGCUGAGCACAACGGCUAUGGUGUCGAUCUUGUCAAUGACACCAUCUAUAACUAUGGCAAGUUUAGUCGCGAUCGUCCUGGAGGUUGCCAAGAGCAGCUUGAGUACUGCGCUUGGCUUGAACGAGACUCCCUCACCAAGCGUUCAGUUUGUUCUGCAGCCCAGUUCAUUUGCCAAACUGACGUUGAGGGAAUGUUUUACACAUUCAACCUUGAAGGCCGUGGCACAUACGAUAUUCGUUUCCGCAACGGAGAAGACGUCCCUCCAAACUACUGGCGGCCUUGGUUGAACACCGCGCCCGUGCAGGACGCCCUGGGUGUCAACCUCAACUACACAUCAAGCAACUUACUUUAUACCGCCUUCACCUUGUCGGGCGACUUUGCAAUUGGCUACCUCAAAGACAUUGAAAAGCUUCUUGAAAUGGACGUUCAAGUGGCACUGGUCUUUGGCGACGCCGAUUAUAUCUGCAACUGGCGUGGCGGUGAAGCACUCUCACUUGCAGCCAAGUGGUCCGGAUCGGAUGAUUUCAGCGACGCUGGCUAUACUAACCUGAUGGUUAAUGGUAAGGCCUAUGGAGAGACGAGGCAGUUUGGCAAGCUCAGCUUCACUCGUGUCUGGAACGCCGGCCAUGAAAUUCCAUACUUCCAACCUGAGGCGUCAUUUCAGAUCUUCAACCGAACCACCAACCGAUUCGAUAUUGCCACUGGUGAAAUCGCCAUUACCUCCAACAGCACCCACAAGACCAACGGAACAGCAAAGGCAACUCACACGACCACGCUUCCUCCUCUGCCGACCAAAACCUCCAAGUAA